AUGAAGGUUACUACUCACUAUGCGCUCAUUGCGGUAUUGCUCUACGCGGCACUGGGCGUCGCGUUACCUUUCCAGCUCGUCUUGACUAGCGAUACUCCGACAAUUCGCUUCAAAGAUAGCAGUUUCCCGCAGAAGGGUCUUCCCGAGCCAAUCCCCGAGACCAAGCCAUCGUUCAAGCAGUAUAUCGAGCAGACGCGAGAAGAAUCGCAACCUCCGACUACUGCGACGCCGGAUAUCGAGUCCAAUACGUCCGAGAAGAAACCAGAACACAGAGAGUCCAACUCCGAGUCUGAGAACGAUCACGACCGCGCGUUCCGAGAUCACUACGGUGCCGUCCUCGGUAAACUGGGCAAAUUCAUCCCCAACGAAGACAUCUCCGACGCGCAGCCAAUCCAAAAGGCGAAGAUUCAGCACACCAAGCAUAUCACGCCCACAUCCCGGAUAAUCACAUACCUCAAACCGGUCGAUCUACUCGACAUCAUCGACCAACAUGGUCCGGAGUGCGUCGCGCUAGCUAUCUUCGUGCUGGUCCCCAUCGCAUACUUCCUUCUCGAAUUGCUCGAAUUAGCCAUUGGCUGUUGUACUCGUGAGCGAUAUCCCCAACGUGGUCGGGAUCGCGUGCGACUCAUAGGCCCGGAGAGACAAUUACGGGCGUGGAGUAACAGGCAGCGUGAACAAUUCUUGGAGAGCGAGAAACAUUGGUGGCAAGUGCGGAGGACUCGGUGA